AUGCCACAAUCACAACCGCAUGCCACGAUCCAUCGUCAGCACCAACCUAGUGCAUCGACGUCGUCAUCAGCCGGGUCUUCGCAUUACCAGCUCCAACAGCGCCAGUACCAACCACUGUCACACUCGCAAUCGCACUCGCAGGCGCAAUCUCAUCGUCCGACUCCCUCUCAGUCGAGUUACUAUACCUCUAUCUCUCCAACAAGACAGCCGCCGGCAAGCAGCGGUGACCCAUACACCCAGACGUACACCUACAAUCGAAUGCGAGCAGGGUCGAGGUCAGAGUACGAUGGUGACGCCAGCGCUGGUUAUCCCCUCAACAACAACAAUAACAGCAAUAUCAACAACAAUAACUUCCAUUAUAACCUGAAAGGUCGGCAGUUUUCUGGAAGGGAAGGCGGACGAAAGUCGUCCCAAGGUACACAUUCGACUCACAAUGGUGGUGCCCACAAUAGCGGCAAUAGCGCUGGCCGGGCGGCUGCUGCAUAUCGCCCUAGGUUCGAGCCGUCCGAACCUCCAAUUCCAUCAUCCCAUUCAUCGUCUCUCACCAAUUACAGCAUCCACCACCACCACCCGCACCCUCUGCCUCAUUUACAACCCAAUUCCGUCUCGAAUCAAUUCCAGUUCGCCAAUUCCCAAUCGCACGUCCUUUCGCAUCCACAUCCACAUCCUCGUGCCGCGUCGUCUUCGGCCUUCUACUCGGCCUCCUCUGCGCCGCUCAGGCCCAGGACCUCGUCGCUGCUACCCCCACCCCGCAAUCCUCAAGCUCGCACCAAAACAAGCAUCACGACCACGACUGGUGCCACCGCUACUCCUAUUCCUAUCCCACCACCGACUCAGCCCCCGACCGUGGGAAUCGGACAGCAGCGAUCGGCGUCGACUUCGGCAUCCAAUGUCGAACAGGGCACGACACCGCCUCGGCCCCAGACACAGACAACGGCCGACUCCGCGGCCUUCUUCCUCGACCCACUAAAUACCCCUGGCUUUGGCCCACGACGACCUCAUUCGCGGGCGAGCAGCAUAGGCGCCGUCAGCGAGGGGUUCCGAAACCUGAACCGGUGGUCUUCCUCCACCGCGUCGAGCCGAGUAUCCAACUGGGAUCAACAUCUCUAUCAACCGCCGCUGAACCAGGGAACGCCUCAGCAGCAGAGGUCUCUGAGUAGUUUCUCAAGGCGCAUGAGUCUUGACUCCGGCGCACUCAUCGCCCAGCUCGCCGAUCCCAUCUUCCACGGCCAAUCCUCGCCCAGCCAUUCCUCUCCCCGGAAGCUGCACAAGAAGCGACCUUCGACCGGUACUACGAGCGUCUCCCCCAAAACUCGUAUCGGAGCUGGAGUGAGAGUUGGAUCGGGCACACCUGCCGAUGUGCCAAACCUACCUCCCAUUAUAUCCCUACCUCCCUUGAACACCGACCCCGAGUCCAUCCUCCAGAACGACCCUCGAGGCGUCAUGAAUCGCGCCAGCCCGCCUCUUAGCACACCGAACUCGGUAUUUUCGAGUCAACAUAACGGCGAGCCUCUAGAUUACUUCUGGAAUGAUAUCUCGAACCCCAGCCGCACAAACUCUCCUGUCGCAAAUCGAGGGUAUCCCCAACUCCUACCAGCCGCAUCCGUCACACGCGACAACAUGCCCGAGAAGAAGGGCCACACGCGGAGUCGGUCUGCGGCGAACAAGAGCAGCGGCGACUCUACAAAGGCGAGGGAUCGUGCGAACAAACCUUCGCAGAAGGCUAUGCUAUCCAAGGCCUUGUCGAAAGCGAAUGCUGCUGUCCAACUCGACAAUGCGCAAAAUUACGUGUUUGCCAGGGAAUCAUAUCUCGAAGCAUGCGACCUCUUGCAGCAGGUCCUAGCCAGGACAAAUGGCGAAGAGGACAGGAAGAAGUUGGAGGCUAUCCGACAAACUUACACGAGCCGCAUAGAGGAAUUGGACGGCUUGGUUCCUGCGAGAGCCCAGGGCAACAAAGCACUGCCAUCCAGACCGGAUAGCUUCGACUACCACGGAGUACAGGUUGAAUUGGCUGGCGCCGACACUCAAGCGGACGGCAUGACACGCACGAGAAUCAUCAGAGAUGAGCCGCACCCGCCUGGCCGAUCCAUUGACUCGAAAACGCCUACAGAAGCGUCACGAUUUGGUCCCUCGUCGAACCCGCCGAACACAUCCAACAGAGGUGCAGACGCAUACCCAUCACAGUCGUUCAUACAAUCACCUUCGAGGUCUCCAAGGUCUCCAAUGCGCAGAAACUUCGAGGGUGGUGCGCUUUCGAUCCCUCGAGCCGAGAAUGGGUUCAUACCGGCACCGUUGUCUCCUCGAAGGCCCGUCUCCCCUGGCACAGCGCCGAGUCCGGAACCCAUUGUGCGCCACGACUUCUCCAUUUCUUCUGAACGACUUUCGGUGACUCGGGAAUUGAAAAGUCACCGGCGAAACCUUAGUCACGAAUCAGCAUCGUGGUUAGACCCUAUCGACGAAUCGGGUGGCUCAGCCUCGUCUUCGGUACACUCGAGAUCUUCCUCGUUGGGGGUUAGAAGGAAGCAUAUACGCAAUGUCAGUGGCGGUACAGAGGCCGAGUUCGAUGCUGCUUUAGAUGCUGCGGUGGAGGCAGCAUAUGAUGAUGGUUACGAGCCCAUGGAUUCAUUCGACAUGGGAUAUGACGACGGCAGAGACAAUGACGGCGAUCAUAGGCUGGCCAAUUCUAUGCGCAAGGUGCAAAUCGCGCGGGAACACGUUCGAGAAACCGAACGUGAGGCCAUGGUAGAAUUGGCGCGAGAACGAGAACGGCAGAGACAGCUGUCGCUCAGCCAGGGAUCGCAAACCUUCGGUGGUGACUUCUUCGACGCGAACGAUUCGGAGGAGGAGGAGGAGAGGAUGCUGGAAGAGAUGACAAGAGGAUACGUGAUGGAAGACUUCGCCCUCGGCCGACACUCCAGAUCACAUUCCAAACAGUCCACCGUACCGCGAGAAUCCGAUUCCAGUGGUCUGACAAGUCGAACGUGGCAUAGUUCAGUAGGCUCCAAUCCGCCCACAGCCACAACGUUAUUGUCAACCGUGAGCGAGACGCUACCCAAAGGCUCUUUGUCCAAGACGUCACCACCUUCCAUGCUUCCCCCAACGCAAGCUCUACCGCCUCGUCCACCAUCCGGGUCGGGCGUUCGGAAUCGUCGCCUCUCGGGUCAAAACCCGAAGCAGCUCAAGAUCGAGACGGCCAAGCUUGGCCAACCACCAUCUUUACCCCUUCCGCCGAUCUCAACCUCUGCUGUGCCUUCAAAACCUUCUGGUGGGUUCAUUGCCCAGCAGAGACAAGCACAAUCCGCGACAUCGACACGUGGACCGUUCUCCAUGCGUGUUCCUUCGUCGCCUGGCAGAGGCUACAGUCCGGCGGACGCCAUGGGCCCCUCGAGUCCACCUAAUCAUCAAGUAGGUGGUGGUCAUGAUGGCGACGAAGCUCGGACUGGGUCCCCAUCAUCUGUCCCGGCUGGCAUGCGCAAGAAUUUCUCUUCAUCUAGUCUAAAGUCACUGAAGUCACGGCAGGCUUCCGUAUCCCAGGUGGACGAUUCUGACAUGUCUCCGAAUACUCCGUUGAGCCACCAACUAUCCAACACGUCGAUGUACCGACAUCCUGCAAUGCCCGCACUACCAACACCAAUAGCUGCUGCUUUUGCGGACAAGGUGACGGGCGGGUUUGGUGGGCUGCAUCUUUUCGACUCAGACUUUCACUCGCCAACAUCCCAUUCCCCGAGCUCGUUACACCAUCAGCAGAACCCUGACGUACCCCACCCUCUGGAGCCCUGCCCUUCCGAUGCCAUGCUGCGGCCAUUUUGGCUCAUGCGUGCUAUAUACCAGACCCUGGCCCACCCGCGCGGCGGAUACAUCAGCAAUAAGCUUUUUGUUCCGCGGGAUGCAUGGAAAGUCAAGGGGGUGAAGCUGAGGUUUCUGGACGACAAGAUCUCGCAGUGCGACUUACUCAGCGCCGCACUCCUGAAGCUUGCAAGGGUGGACAGCAAUGAUGCAGAUGCUGUCCUGGAGGAGAUGCAGGCUCUCGAAACCGUUUUAGAGGUGGUCCAGGCGACCCUCACGCGAAGGCUCGGGGCUGAAGUUGGCCUUCAAGGGAUCAGCUCAUAUCGAGAUGAGAAGGACGGCGAGCCAGCACCAGUAGUUCCACGAAACAACAGCAUAAGUGGAAAAGGUGGAGCGUUCAGCUGGCGUCGGUUGAGGAACAAGAACUCAAAUGCCAACAUGACCAGUGCAUACGGUGCGAAGAGCAGCAGCAAUGCGAGUAGCGGUCCGAACGCGUACGACAGAGAUACGAUGAGCUCAGGAGGUUCCAUACCAAGUCUGCCGAUGACCGCCCAUCCGAGUAGUAGGCCUGCGAAGAGGGAUGUGGCAUCGGUCAGGUUUGAUGGACCUUACGGGAACUACAUGGCUAGCCUGGCGCGAUUGUUUGACGCUGCACAAACAGUUGAUCAAAUCGCGCGGCAAGUCGAGGACCCCGGCCUACGUCACGCCGACAAGACCCAGGUCGGACUCGAGCUUUGUACGAGACAUGCUGCCGAGUUCUUCGGCUUCUACAUUUGCCGCUUCGUGUUGGCGGACCUGGGGAUGCUCCUUGACAAGUUCGUCAAACGGGGUAGCGAAUGGGUGCUCAACUGA